GUUUCAGGGCGGGUCAGUGUGGCUCAGGUGAGACACACACAUACCUGGGACAGCAGCGCCGAGCACAGCACAGCGCCACCGCCUGUGUAAUGUUUCAUUGAACCUGUUGCUCUCACACCCCCAGGUCAGGACCAUGGAGGCUGCUGUGCGGGGCAACGGCAGCUGUGCCCAAGGUGGCUCUGUGUCUCUGGUGUGGCCGGAGUCGGCAUGUCGGGCUGUGUGCCGGAUAGUGAGCGUGGAGCAGCUGUGGGGACAGAACGCGUCUGUGAGUGCGGAGCCGAUGCGCGGGGAGCACUGGGGGCAUCAGCAGUUCUAUGUGGGGCUGAGCCUCGCCAUCAUGUCCAGUGUCCUCAUCGGCAUCAGCAUCAUCCUCAAGAAGAAGGGGCUCCUCAGGCUGGCGGAGCUGGGGGGCACCCGGGCAGGUGAUGGGGGCCAUGGUUAUCUCAGAGACUGGAUGUGGUGGGCCGGGCUCCUGACCAUGGGCGGUGGGGAGGCCAUGAACUUUGCAGCUUACGCUUUCGCUCCUGCAACUGUUGUGACCCCGCUGGGAGCUUUGAGUGUCCUCGUCAGCGCCGUCCUUGCCUCCUACAUUCUGGCGGAGCGGUUGAAUGUGCUGGGGAAGGUGGGCUGCACACUCAGUAUCCUGGGUUCCACCGUGAUGAUCAUUCACUCUCCACAGGAGGAGGAGGUCAGGUCCCUGGAGGACAUUGCGCUCAAACUGCAGGAUCCAGGUUUCCUGGUCUUCGCCAGCAUCUUGCUGCUCACGGUGCUGAUCCUCAUAUUUUAUGUGGCCCCACGGUCUGGACAGACCAAUGUCUUGAUCUACAUUGCCAUCUGUUCGCUGAUUGGCGCUUUCUCUGUCUCCUCCGUCAAGGGCAUCAACAUCGCCAUCUACACCUGCCUGGCCGGUCAGCCCGCCUAUCGUCACCCGCUCACCUGGAUCCUUGUAGCCUCGCUGCUCACUUCCAUUAUCACGCAGGUCAACUACCUGAACAAAUCGCUAGAUCUUUUCAACACCUCCCUGGUUUAUCCCAUUUACUAUGUCUUCUUCACUACUGUGGUCAUCACCACCUCGGUCAUUCUCUUCAAGGAGUGGUACAGCAUGUCGGCCAUGGACAUUGUGGGCACCAUCAGCGGCUUUGCGACUAUCGUGCUGGGAGUCUUCAUGCUUCACAUCUUCAAAGGUCUUAACGUGAGCAUUGAGAACAUGUCUGGGGUUUUGCAGGAGCCCGAGACCCUGGGCACUGCCCACCUCCCACUUGAUGAUAAGCUGAUGCUGUUGGAGAAUACUGAGGGCUCCAGGUUCCCCGAACAGAAGCCAAGUGUCUUUGUCAUUUAUGGCUGAAGCUUCAGACCACGAAGUAAAGUGCAGUGACUGAUUGUAUAGGUGAGCGUCUCAGUCAAUAAUGCACAUAGCUAUGUAUCACAAACUUCCAUCAUGUGGAUGACCAAUUUUAUUUGUUGGCUUCCCUUCUCUUUUCCAAUUGUGCCAAAGACCUUUAACCUCCACGUGAACAGAUAUAGAAGGGACCUCAGUUUAAUCUCUUAUCUGGAGGAUGACAACUCUGUUAAGGAAUCCCAACAUGGGGUUUGAACCCACAGCCUUCUGCCUCCAAAGCCAGAAUGCGACCACUGAGCCAGGGUGAUCUUGAGACUCUCUUCAGCCUCGUUGGCUUCACAGGAAUCAGAAGACAGAUGUGCACAGGAGUGGCAUUCCGGAGACACAGGAACCUGCGCCUCCCUCCUGCGAGUUAGGGAUUGACUCACGAUGGCCUGGACUCGUUGAUGUCGCUCUGGUUCUCGAACCUGCAGCAAAAGCAAGUUAUAACCAGCUCCUCAAAUCCUUACACUGCCUCCAACACCUAACCACCAUUUACUGGUGGUUUAGAGCCAGGGGUGAGCGGCAGCCAUUGGGCUCUGAAGGUCUCAGUUGCUUGUUGUAAACAUUUGUUUAAACAGAUUUGUCUGCUGCAGGGGACGCCCAUCUGUCCCCGAUGGCUGAGAAAUGCUGAAUUUAUUAAACAAGGAUUUAAAGUUGGUUUGUAA